UGGAGAGCUGUGGUAAUGACAGGAAACUUCCUGAACUCUCUCGCGAUCAUGUUACAAUAUAAAAGCUGGGACAGUCCUACUGCUGAGACAGAAAGAAACACAGAGGAAAAACACAUGAGGACCGAGACCGGACAGACUCUGAAGAUGCUGUGCUCUCCUGGAUUUCAGUCUGCCCUCAGUCCAUUCACAGAUUUCUACGGGCUUGAUCUGAGGUCAGAGGUCAACCCUCUACUCCAGCAGCAGGACCUACUGCGAAGAAACCUGCAGGAGCUCCACAGCCUGAUGGACACACUUCAAACAAACAUUCUGGAGGGGCCUUUCCACACUACUGUGCAACCCGCAGUCUCCUGCCAUCUGCAGGAAGAGGGGGGGCCCUUUGGCCUGACCCUGGACACUCGAGGAUUUUCUCCAGAGGAGCUGUCUGUCAGGCAGGAGGGCCGGAAGCUGAGAGUCAGCGGGAAGACGGAGAAGAAGCAGGAGGACGGCUGCUACUCUUACAGACGCCAGGAAUUCACUCAGGAGUUCGAUCUGCCUGAAGGGCCCGACUCUAAAGCUGUCUCCUGCUACCUGGCUCCAGACGGGAUGCUCCACAUCCAGUCAGCCGAGGCUCUGUGUGAGGAGGAGGUGGAGAGAGAGCUGACUAUCAGGAGGAGCGCAGAGGAGAACACACAACAGAGUGUCUGUUCACACACAGAAGGCAGCAGCACACAGGAAAACCCUGAACACAUGGACUGACUAGUAAAUGUUUAAGAUAUAGUUUUGUAUAAGUAUCAAAUGACUAUCAUUUCUGCUUUUGCAUAAUUAAUACAUGUUAAAUUAAAAUCAUAUUUUUCUCUUUAAUUAAUUAAUUAAUUUUUAAAAUACAAUCAUUCUUGUCCAUCAUAAGAAUGUGUUUUUUUGUUUGUUUGUAAGAUCAAUAAAUGUUUUAAAAUGUA